UGCCGCAAACCUCCGUUUGCAGUAGUUUUGUUUUCUGCAGCUAACUAUUUAUCUGCAGUACGGUCGAACACUUGUAUGUAUGUCGCACUAUACUUUUGCCUUCAAAGCAUCUUUUUGAACCUGCUUGCGUCAUUCGGAAGCAUAGACUUAAUUAAAAACAUUAACUAUUCAGUUUCUGUGUUUUUCGUGUUUCACUUGUUGACGCUUUGGAUACCGGUAAAUCAUGUCAUCUACGGAUCAGCUAAUCGAGAUCUUUGGUAUCGAACAGUAUCGACCACCUUUUUCUUACACUCUCGAGGAAAGAGUGGGCACCGGGGCGCUCUGCCGUGGAGUUUUUAAAGGCACAGCACAGGGAAUUGAUAUGGAUGAAUUCGCGGUAAAAUGUAUAAAAGUUCCGAAUGCGGACUACGCUAGGCGGGAGCUGAAUGUUGGAAGAAAAUUCAGGGAAUUCCGGUCGAUAAUACAACUGAAUCAAAAUCCGCACAAAAACGUGCUAAUGUACUACUAUCUGGAUUUGAUUACUUACGACGGUGAACCAGAAAUUCGCUUUUUGAUGGAGUACUGCCCAGGGGAAACACUGGAAACCAGAAACCUUCGGCUAGAAUCUCGCAAUCAGCGCUACACACAAGCAGCAAUUAUUGAAGAUUUUGCUGGCAUCCUCAACGGUCUGGGCUACCUGCAUGAUAACAACAUCGUUCAUCGGGAUUUAAGAGGCCAGAAUAUACUGUUCACUGCCAGUGGUACUCCUAAGAUUGCCGACUUCGGUUUAGCUAUUCAAUUAAUGGCCUCGAAAACCGGCACGAAUGAAGUAGCCGGUGGAGCCGGAACGGCGAAUUAUCGCGCACCGGAAACCUUCCACGACCGAUUUGGAGAAAUAGGGCGCGCAAGUGAUGUCUGGUCAGCAGGCUGUGUUCUGCUGGAGAUGCUGUUGGGUCAUCCGCCCCGCUACUACAGCCGCCGGGGCGGUACUAAAGAGCCACUAAGGUCCGAAAUGGACAUAUCACGGGAACUGUUUAGUGAGCAACGGCCACACUAUGACAAAACGUUCAAUCGUAAACAAUGUGGGGAUGGCAAAGGCUUUCACUAUGCUGCCGCAGAAUUUCUGGACCACUGUUUCGCAUUCAAGGCCGCCAAUAGAGAGACCGUUCAAAUGCUGCUAGAGCAACCCUUAAUAAAGAGCAACUGGAAAAUACCCGGAACACUGCGGAGUAUGGAGCGAGCGUUCGAUGUUGGCAUCCAGAGGAUCAACAGACAGUUCUUUGACGCAGUUCAGGACGAUCCCGUUUCCGUUGUGGCGCUGGGAGCGCUUUUCGUUAUAGUGGUCCUUGAAGCCUCCCAUCUUUUAAUAUCAUAAGAAUAAGACUUGUUUUCUCAGUUCCAAUGACCAAAAAGCGAUUACAACAACAGCAAACGCUUAUAAACAGAGCAGUAACGCAGUUAUGGUUUUUUUUUCUUACGUCGUAACAUGAUUUGUUGUUCACGUUAUCGUUUUUGUUAUUUUUGCUUUCCUUUCGAGGGCA